CUUCUGGAUCCACGCGCUCGGCUAACGCGGUCGGGUGUCCUCUGCCCAACGCGAGUUGUACAGUCGGCACCGGGAACGUGCUCUUGGUUCGUUGAUACAGCUAAUAAUUACCGAGCUGUGAUGCUGCAGAGCUGCAGUUAACUGUUUGCCAUUGCUGUAGCUUAAUGGAUAUUAGCAGCUGACAGCAUUGGAAUGAAUCUGGCUCUGAGCGUGUCCUGACCUACCCAAGAGUCCAGCUGUGGUGAGCCUGUGGGGCAGAAGACUUCUGUGUGACAAGCAGGUUUCAAGUCCUUUUUUGAAGCAGACAGAGCUGUUCAGAACUCUUUUCAAAAAUGGCAGAAGCCCAUCAAGCAGUAGCAUUUCAAUUUACAGUAACUCCAGAUGGGAUUGACCUGCGGAUGAGCCAUGAGGCACUCAAACAAAUUUAUCUAUCUGGUAUCCAUUCAUGGAAGAAAAAGUUCAUCAGAUUCAAGUCAACCACUUUGGUAUGAAAAAAUUAUGUGAAGGCUUUUCUUUCCAGAAUGGAAUUAUCACUGGUGUUUACCCUGCUAGCCCAUCUAGCUGGCUUAUUGUAGUUGUGGGUGUGAUGUCAACAAUGUAUGCCAAAAUUGAUCCUUCUUUAGGAAUAAUAGCUAAAAUCAACCGAACCCUUGAUACAACUGGCUAUAUGUCAAAUCAAACACAGAACAUCGUCAGUGGAAUACUUUUUGGCACAGGACUUUGGGUUGCCCUUAUUGUCACAAUGCGGUACUCUCUUAAAAUGCUGCUUUCCUACCAUGGUUGGAUGUUUGCUGAACAUGGCAAACUUUCUGCAGGCACCAAGCUUUGGAUGUCACUUGUAAAGCUCUUCUCGGGACGUAAGCCCAUGUUGUACAGUUUCCAAACAUCUUUACCACGAUUGCCAGUUCCAGCUGUCAAAGACACAGUCAAUAGGUAUCUGGAAUCAGUCCGGCCACUUAUGAAUGAUGAAGAGUUCAAAAGAAUGGAAGGUCUUGCCAAAGACUUUGCUUUUAAUUUGGGACCAAGGCUUCAGUGGUAUUUGAAGCUAAAAUCCUGGUGGGCCACAAACUAUGUUAGUGAUUGGUGGGAAGAAUAUAUCUACCUUAGAGGACGUGGACCAAUUAUGGUUAAUAGUAACUAUUUUGCAAUGGACUUCCUUUAUUUAACACCCACAACCCUACAGGCAGCUAGAGCUGGUAAUGUUAUCCAUGCCAUCUUGCUCUACCGGAAAAAACUGGACAGACAAGAAAUCAAGCCAAUUCUUCUGAUGGGAUCAACUGUUCCGCUCUGCUCAGCUCAGUGGGAGCGGAUGUUUAACACAUCCCGUAUUCCAGGGGUGGAAUCAGAUACUCUUCAGCAUGUGAAAGACAGCAAGCACAUCGUUGUGUACCAUAAGGGGCGUUACUUCAAAGUGUGGCUGUACCAUGAUGGUAGACUGUUGAAACCUCGAGAAAUUGAACAGCAGAUGCAAAGAAUUCUUGAUGAUGAUUCAGAGCCUCAGGCUGGUGAAGCAAAACUAGCAGCUCUUACUGCAGGAGAUAGAAUACCAUGGGCUAAGGCUCGACAGACUUAUUUUAGCCGUGGAAAGAACAAACAGUCUCUAGAUGCUGUUGAAAAAGCAGCAUUUUUUGUGACGUUGGACGACAUCGAGCAAGGGUACAGGAAGGAAGAUCCAGGGAGGUCACUGGAUGCAUAUGCAAAGUCCCUAAUACAUGGCAGAUGUUAUGACAGGUGGUUUGAUAAAACAUUUACUCUUGUAGUAUUCAAAAAUGGCAGAAUAGGUCUGAAUGCAGAGCAUUCUUGGGCAGAUGCGCCUAUUGUUGGACACCUGUGGGAGAAUGUAAUGGCAACUGAGUACCUUGAACUGGGCUAUUCAGAGGAUGGACACUGCAAAGGAGAUACCAAUCAAAAUAUUCCUAUGCCUACCAAACUACAGUGGGACAUUCCAGAAGAAUGCCAAGAAGUGAUUGAGAGGUCUCUGAGCACUGCCACGGCUCUGGCAGAUGAUGUGGACUUCUGUUCAUUUUAUUUUGACGUUUUUGGGAAGGGACUAAUAAAGAAAGCAAAAACUAGCCCUGAUGCCUUCAUUCAACUUGCCCUGCAGCUUGCUCACUAUCGGGACAUGGGAAAAUUUUCUUUGACAUAUGAAGCCUCUAUGACGCGCUUGUUCAGAGAAGGCAGGACUGAAACCGUCCGUUCAUGUACUGUUGAAUCAUGCAAUUUUGUUCGAACCAUGGAAGAUCCAACUGAAAGCAAUGAAAAUAAGCUUAAGUUCUUCCGGCUUGCAGCUACCAAACAUCAGCACUUAUAUCGUCUUGCCAUGACUGGUGCUGGCAUUGACCGCCAUCUGUUCUGCCUCUAUGUUGUUUCCAAGUACCUUUCUGUAGAUUCUCCUUUCCUUAAGGAAGUGUUGUCGGAGCCUUGGAGGCUGUCAACAAGUCAGACACCACAGCAACACAUAGAUCUGAAGAAGAACCCUGAGAUGCUCUCCAGCGGUGGAGGAUUUGGACCAGUGGCUGAUGAUGGUUAUGGUGUUUCUUACAUUAUCUUGGAUGAAAACUCUAUCCACUUCCACGUCUCCAGCAAAAUCUCCUGUUCUGAGACAGAUUCUCAUCGCUUUGGAAAGAACAUCCAAAAAGCAAUGGUUGACAUCAUGGGUUUAUUUAACCACAGUAAAAACUGUACAAAGUGAUUUGCCGUAUUGGUGCAAAGCAACCUUCUGUUGUCGGAAUGAGGACUCUUCUGAACAGUGAAUGAAAGCAAGGCUUGUCAAACAAUAGCUGGUGAAGAAGCUGAGUCACAAUCUUAUUGAUGAAAACCUUAGCAGUGGCUUGAAUGUUUCAUGAUUUUUUUUUUCCAAUAUUUUGGAAGAAUUUAUUUCCACAAAGGGUGUCUUUUGAAAUCUUGUAUGUUUCUAGGGAUGAAGUAUAGCAUUAUUGCAUGAAGGUAUGUGUAUUCUAACUCCUGCAGUUUUCCCUUAUUCUGUAUGCCCCUGUUCUUUUUUUUUUUUUUUUUUUUUCCCUUUCUUAUAAUUAUUUGAGUCUACUUCCCUUCCUGAAUGGAAAGGAUAAAACAUAUCAAGUCUUAAACUCAAGUCCUACAAAAGGUUUGAUUUGGUAUAUAUUGAUAGUAGAAUGUUCUUCAAAGUAUCUGCUGCUUUAUGUCAAUGAAUGACAAAACUUGUGGCUAUUUACCUUCAUUGACUUCCUUAAAAGUAAUUUCUUAAAAAUGUUAAAAAUAAAUAAAUAAAUAAAUAUAUAUUUAUAUAUAUACGCACACACAGUGAAUCACACCCCACUAGUGUAAUAUAAACCAGUGCAUCACACUCAACUAGUGUAGUGGAUUUUUUUUCUUUUUUUUUUUUUUUGGAAAGUAUGUGCUACAGUGAGUAGUAAAAUACUAUGUAAAUUAGAAGGUAUCACAUUUUUCUUACUACUUACAAGCACGUUUGCCACAUCGUUGAUUUUUGUUUCCAUAUAAAUGGACCUGUGUGCUUGUUCAUGCCAGUGCCUUAGAAAAAAAAAAAAAAUCUAAACCCAGGAAAAAAAUCUUAUGCUGGGAGUCAGUUUUACAUUAUUUUAGUGAUGGGUGAGGGGAAGUAGUAAUGCAUAUCAAGUUCUGAAAUUAUAACUAGGUGGGUAUGACAUAAGUAGACUUGAAUAUCUUUGUGUAUGGUGCAGCUAGGUUCAAAGCUCUAAUGAAAUAAUUUCAUAUUUAAAUAGCAAAGAUCAUUCUCUAUGAAAUGUAGGAGUAACUGUUUCAGAGCUACAGAUACUCAUCAGCUUAUUUUUGCUGAAUAGUGUCGGUGCUCAGCUGAGGUAAGUUUGAAUCCCAGGGAACUGUAAAUUUAUUUAAAUGCAAGCCUCUUGGAUUGUCUGGGAAUCAAGGCUGCCUGUAGAGGUUGAGCAAUUGCAGUCUUCCUUCUUUCCGCCUGGAAGGACCAAUACUAUGUAUGGCCAGCUAUCUACAUGAGAAAAGCUGUGAAGGCAAUAGAAAUCAACUCUAGAAUGGGAAAAUCCUAGCCUUAUCAAAUCUUUCCUGGAAGAUGCCCUUGAUCAAGCAGUUUCUGGAGGAUACAAGCAAUUAGGGUAGGGAAGUAGGGUGGACAAUUUCACUGAAAAGGGGGCAUAAUAUUUCCAAGUGCAGAAGUAAAAUGGUUACUACAAAACUGAAGUAACUUGGUAUGUGAUGCUUCUCUUCCACAGGCUUUAUUGGUGUCACUACUUUUUAGAUCAUGCAAUGCAGUGUAUGUGGUAGGGCAACAAAUUUAUUUUUCUGGGAAUGUAAACUACACGAUGUUUAGUAAUACAGUAAGUGCUGCUCCAGAGCUGUGCUAAUUUUGAAAGCAUUCUGGGGAAUGAUACAAAACUUCUCAUUAGAUUUUUGGAUGUUUUCUGGCCAGUAUUUCUAACUUUAUACGCCUUUUCCUGUUUUUUGUUGUUUUUGGUUUUUUUUUUUUUUUUGCAAUGUUCUAGAUAUUAAAACACUUCUGUGUGUAUGUUUGAGGUAGGAAACCUUAAAGAUCCAGUAUGCAUACUUAAGCAAAUAUAUGCUUACAUAAAGGACCCCCCCAUAGAAAUUGGCCAAAGACUCUCAUUAUUCGAUUGGGUACAGUGUGUGGGAAAGGAGACUUUGAAAUAAGCCUUACUGCAGCUGACAGGCCUGGCAUUUAUCAAACUACUGCAACAACGUUAUUAGUGAUAUAUUCCUUUGGAGCUGCAGAAAUAAUGCACUGUUUUUGUAUUGACCACUGACCAAUCCAUACUUAAAUUAACAUAGGGCAUAUUAGCUUGUAGGUUUUCCAAAAAAAAAAAAAAAAAGUUUAGAUUUGACUCUCAGGUGUUAAAUGUUUUAAGUCUAAUUAUAGUUAGUGCAGUUAUCAAUGCAAUUUUACAUUCUUAGAGUAAGCAUAAUUGGCACAAAGUUGUUUUUGUAAUUGUAAAUGUUUAAAAGUGGUGUUAAAUGUAUCUUUUUUUUUUUUUUUUUUUAAUUUGGGAUAGAUCAUAAUUCCUAAACAGAUAGGAUUUUAUUUCAUUCCUUAAAAACGUCAACAGCGUGUAAAUAAAAUAUGCGUUUUGGAUGUAAAUCUUAGCAAUCCACAGUGAAUGUAGGCUAUUAAUAAAUAAUUAAUUUAAAUCUUGAUGUUUGAUAUGUGUACAUACAGUAAAACUUACUUGCUUCUUUGCUCUAAAGCCAUAGGAAUGUAAUUGAAAUUACUUAGAGUUGAAUGAACUUUAUAGUACAAUGUACUUUAUUGUUGAAGUAAAAUGUUUUGGAAAAAUGAUUCAUCCAUAACUAAACCUUGAAUCCCGUGAAUCACUUCUUGAUUAGUGAUAAGAGUUCAGGUUAGGAUUGACUAGGUAGUAAAAGUCAGGUUGAAUGAUGAUAAAUUAACCUGUGUAUUAAAUAGCAGUGUGGAAUUGAUUGAAUACCUUGAAUAUGCAUUUUCAGAAUUUCUUGAUUCAGCUAUUUAAUGCAACAGAGUAGGAGAGCUUUGGUUCAUUUAGAGGCUACCAUUGUCCAGAAUUAACACCACUCAAACUGAAUAUUCUUUUAAGGGUUGAGCUUCUGAAGGACGAAAGAGGUGUGUGCCUGACCUUGAAAAUCAUGAUUCUAAUUCAGCCUUUGUACCAAUUGCUUUCUUGUAUAAAAUGUAUUAAGCUGUUUUGUUUUUUUUUAUCUUGUUCACUUACUCUAUUGUGGUUGGUUAUUUACAUUCAACACUGUGUCAAUGUUCUACCCUCUUCUGUGACUUCAAAAAAUAAAGUUUCACAAUUACCACUA